CGGUUCCGCGGCGGCGUCCGGCGUCGCCGCCAUCUUUGUUGAUGUGUCAGCUCCUCUGGGGUUUGGGCAAACCUGCGGCUGGUGACCAGUAACGCUCCUGGCCUUCCUCAACGCACCCCCUCCCCCGGCUUUGGCUGCCCCCCGCCCUCGCCCGCUCCCUUGGCUUCCCAGACCUCGCUAUGGAGAGGCUGACAACUUAGUCGAUUGCCUCACUGCCGGAUUUUUAGCAAAGAAAAUCAGAAGAUCAUAAGAAAUGCAGAGUGAAUUGGUUCCAGUUAGCUUGUCUGAGGUAGAGAAUAUACCUUCUGUUUCAUCAGAUAAAACCACUGGCUGUACAUCUGCAACAAAAGGCUCCACAAGCUGUUUUUCUGGAGAUGAAGAGAGUGGCUUAGACAAAGAUUCUAAACUUCUUCCAUCAAAAAAAGAGAUGACUUCACUUAUGCUUCCUGGAGGUGAUCAAAUUGAAGCACAAAAAGUUUACUCACCAGAUCGUAGUGGAGUUGGGAAUUCUUAUGACAAAGCAGACACACAUGAAGAAAAAUCUCAGAUAGUAACUCAUUUUCCUGGUGGUGAUUUUGCAGAGCAAGUGUCAAAGACAAAUGGAACAGAACAAACACUAGCAGAAAUAUUGCAAGAAUUAAAAUCAUCUAAGCUUACAGAAACAUCCAAUGAAAAGACUUAUUCAGAAAGUCCAUAUGAUACAGACUGCACCAAGAAACUUAUUUCAAGAAUACAGAAUGUUUCAGCACAGGAAGAUUUGUUGGAAGAAAUAGAAUCAGAGCUGUUAUCUGCAGAACUUUCAAAUGAACAUAGAGUACCCAAUGGUAUGAAAAAGGGUGAACGUGCUUUAGUUAUGUUUGAAAAAUGUGUGCAAGAUAAAUAUCUGCAGCAGGAGCAUACUAUAAAGAAGUUAAUUAAAGAAAACAAGAAGCAUCAGGAACUUAUUUUAGAAAUUUGUUCAGAAAAAGACAACCUAAGAGAAGAACUAAAAAAACGAACAGAAACAGAGAGACAACAUAUAAAUAUAAUUAAACAGUUAGAAACAAGAAUAGAGGAACUCAAUAAAGACAUUAACAUUUCCAAAGAAAAACUUGUAGUGCAAGAUACUGCAGCCAAAAAUGCGAUUCAGCAAUUACAUAAAGAAAUGGCUUUUCGAAUGGAGCAGGCAAACAAGAAAUGUGAAGAGGCUCGCCAAGAAAAAGAAACAAUGGUGAUGAAGUACGUCAGAGGUGAAAAGGAAUCUUUAGAUCUUAGAAAGGAAAAGGAGGGACUUGAGAGAAAACUCAGAGAUGCAAAUAAAGAAAUUGAAAAACAUGUUCACAAAGUUAAGCAGCUUUCUCAAGAAAAAGGAAGACUACACCAACUCUAUGAAACAAAGGAAAGUGAUGCCAGUAGAAUGAGCAGAGAAAUCGAGAAAUUGAAGGAAGAUAUCAACUCUCAUGUCAUCAAAGUAAAAUGGGCACAAAACAAAUUAAAAACAGAAAUGGAUUCGCACAAGGAAACCAAAGAUAAACUUAAAGAAACAACAAUAAAAUUAACUCAGGCCAAAGAAGAGGCAGAUCAAAUACGGAAAAAUUGUCAAGAAAUGAUAAAAGCAUAUCAAGAGUCAGAAGAAAUUAAAUCAAAUGAGCUAGAUGCAAAGCUCAAAGUCACAAAAGGAGAACUAGAAAAACAAAUGCAGGAAAAAUCUGAUCAGCUAGAGAUGCAUCAUGCCAAAAUAAAAGAACUAGAAGAUUUGAAGAGGACAUUUAAGGAGGGUAUGGAUGAGCUACGAACACUAAGAACAAAGGUCAAGUGUCUAGAAGAUGAACGGCUAAGAACAGAAGAUGAAUUAUCCAAAUAUAAAGAGAUUAUUAAUCGCCAAAAAGCUGAAAUUCAAAAUUUGUUGGACAGAGUUAAAAUCGUAGAGCAGUUACAGGACCAGCUUCAAAGAGAUAAACAAGAAAUUGAAAACUUGUCUGAAGAAGUGAGGAGUCUGAAUUCUUUGAUUAAUGACCUACAAAAAGACAUUGAAGGCAGUAGAAAAAGAGAAUCUGAGCUGUUGUUAUUUACAGAAAAAUUAACUAGUAAAAAUGCCCAACUUCAAUCUGAAUCUAAUUCUUUACAGUCACAAGUUGAUAAACUCUCCUGUAGUGAAAGUCAGUUACAGAGUCAUUGUGAGCACAUGAGACAGACUAAUACUGAUUUGGAAAGUAGGUUAUUAAAAGAAGAAGAACUUCGAAAGAAUGAAAGCCAAGCUUUGCAAGCUGACCUGACUUCUAGACAAAUAGAAAUAAAAGCAUUAAAUACUCAAGUAGAAGAACUGAAAGACGAAUUAGUUACCCAAAGACGUAAACAUGCUUCAAAUCUCAAGGAUCUUACCAAGCAGCUUCAGCAAGCACGAAGAAAAUUAGACCAGAUUGAGAAUGGUAGCUAUGAUAAAGAAGUCAGUAGCAUGGGGAGUCGUUCUAGCUCAUCAGGGUCCCUUAAUGCUCGAAGCAGUACAGAAGAUCGAUCACCAGAAAAUACUGGCUCCUCUGUGGCUGUGGAUAAUUUUCCAGAAGUGGACAAGACUAUGCUGAUUGAGAGGAUAGUAAGGCUGCAGAAAGCGCAUGCCCGGAAAAAUGAAAAGAUUGAAUUUAUGGAGGAUCAUAUAAAGCAACUGGUGGAAGAAAUUAGGAAAAAAACUAAAAUAAUUCAGAGUUAUGUCUUACGAGAAGAAGCAGGCACAUUGUCAUCAGAGGCAUCUGAUUUUAACAAGGUCCAUUUGAGUAGACGAGGAGGCAUCAUGGCAUCCCUGUAUACUUCCCAUCCGGCUGACAGUGGGCUGACAUUAGAACUGUCCUUGGAGAUCAACCGAAAAUUACAGGCUGUUUUGGAGGAUACAUUACUUAAAAAUAUUACUUUGAAGGAAAAUCUACAAACACUAGGAACAGAAAUAGAACGUCUCAUUAAACACCAGCAUGAACUAGAACAGAGGACGAAGCAAACAUGACAAAGCUUUUGCAUAGUAAACAGACAAAAGCUGCAGAAGGAACAGGUGCUACAGACCUCGGUGGCGUUUUGAAGUUUUUUUUAUGAUCUGUGUGUCACUCAGUGAAAGUGUGUUUUACCUGUGAUACAAAUUUAAGUCAUAACUGAAUUUUUUGAUAUAACCCAUCCUUGCUAUUCUCUGACCAUUUGAAUGAUUUACUGUGUGUACUGUAUGUAGCGUAAGCUUCAAGAUUUUAAUUGUUUGCACUGUGGAAUAUAACAUCCUGUUAAUGAUAAAAAAAAAAAAGAUUUGUUUAAUUUGCAAAUAGUCAUAUCAGAUGCUGAAGAAUACUACAAGGGCUUUCAAACACUAUAUUUUUCCAUCUCUCCAUUAACAUGCCUUAUAUAUCAAAGGUGAUUAAACCUUUUAAAAAUAUGCAUGAAAAGACAGGCGUUAAAAAUCAUUCAUAAUUAUAUGCACUUUCUUACUCUAAAAUAAGCUCAACACAAAUAACUAUAACACAUUAACUUUGGAAUUUUCAUUACAUUUAGCCACGUAUAGUAGGAUAUGUGUUUGGUUCUGUGACUUGAUUUUAAAAUUGACAUUUGAAGUGGAAUGGAAAAGUUUGCUAGUGAUAAUAAUGUGUGUGGUAUCCCGAGAAAGUUCAGAUAUUCAUUCUUCUCAAUGUCUGGUUUGGUCAUUAAGCUUUUCCUACAGUUAGAUACCUUCUUUAUAGCACCCCUGCAUGGUUCAUUGCAUUUAAAUGUUUAUCAUUUUUACACAUUUCUUUUGAUUGAUAGCUUAAAUGGUUUCCUAGAAUUCAUUUCCAUAAAUUGAUUCCCCGUAGUGUAUCUUGAGAAAAUUUUCAUUGAGUUAAAUCCAAAUUUUUAAAUUGGACGAGUCAUUAGAACGGUAGACUAUUUUAGAAGCUAUGAUACACAUAUGCUUCAUUAAUAUAAGAAAAAAUGUAAUAAUGCUUAGGAUUCAAGUCCCAAGGAAAACAGCAUUGAUAUGUUUUGUCAAGACUGUUUUAUUUGAAUACUAUUCCUUUGCACUGUUAGGUCUGUUUUAUACUGUAGAUUAUAGCAUCACUCCUUCAAGAUUAUAUUUUAUUUAAAACUCACAAUCACUUAUGUGUAACCAAAGGAUUUUUAGAGCCAAACGCAUAUACCUAUUGAGAGAUUUUACUAUAUUUAUUUAAAAUGUGCACUUAAUUUUUAUGAGCAGUAUCAAUAAUAAUUCUUACAUAAAUUCCAUUAGGGCAGGGACCAUUUUUUUAAUUUAUGUAUUUUCCCCAAUGCCUAGUACAGUGCUUUGCACAUAAUAGGCAUUAAUGUUCAGUGUUUGUUGAAUAUUUUCAUUUGUCGAGAUGCUACUUAAAUUUGCCCUCACUUCCUAGAAUUUUCGCAUGUGCAUUUGUGUACAUAUUUCAUUACAUUUAGAUCAUUGUUGUAAUAUAAUACCUUGGCUAAUGUUUGGUGCUUGUAGCCGUUAAAAUGAUUAAUUUUUUUUUAAUUUCAAAUUUUUUUUAAAGGAGAAUGGAUCCCUGUAGGUUAUUGCCACUGGAAGUUUUUUUUUAUUUUAAGAAAAUUGAACUCUAAAAGUUGGGUCCAUCAUAGUAACAUCCGUCUAAUUUGUUUUAAAAUUCUCAUAUUAAUUUGACAAUGUUGCAAAAAGUAAUGUGCUAAAUAAGGGUAAUAUUCAAAUGUUAAAUUUCUGUAGUGUGGUAUAUAUUUUCUGUAUAUUUAGUUCAUGUACUCAUAACUGACUCCCAUUCAGAAAUUCAUAAAAUUAAAUUCAAUGAAGAUUGUUUAUUUUAUGUUAGUUGAGAAUUAGUAUUGAUAUACCAUAAUGUGUCUUAUUUUUCAUAUGUUUAAUUUAUGAAAGUAAAAAAUUAAUAACCGUAUAGGGUAAGUGCAAUCAUGUCUUUUUUUUUCCAUUAUUCUUUUAGGCGUUCAGAUAUCACUCCUAAUGACUACUUAUUGUAGCCAGAUUUUUACUCCUGUGCAACCAAACCAUGCUUGGCUUGUCAUAUAGAUAUUAUCUGUGAGAUAUAAUUUAAGUUUUUCUCCGUAUGUGAAUCAGUAUUCAGGAGGCCAAGAUUAUUAUAUGUCCAUUAUGUGCUGUGUAGACAAGCUUUUAAAUUUCUACAUUUAUCAGAGACGGAAAUGAAUUAUUCCAGUAUUUAUGUCUGCAUAUGUCUUUUGGAAAAAUCUUUACUAGGAAGUUAGUUUUUGGAAGAAAGCCAUUAGAAAGUAUAUGUUGACCAUAUUCUAAUUUCUAAUGUAAGUGCAAGUAGAAAUCCUUUGAAGAAAAUAUUUUACUUUCUUUAAAAUGAUGUACACUGCAGCCUUAUAUAUCUGGAUCAGGACUGUACUAGGCAUUGGGGAAAAUACAGUAUUUUAGGUUCUUUGGGUUGCAGGGAAUAGUGUACAUAUAUGUGAGUUAUCACAUCUUAAAAAGUGAGCACAAGGUAUUAAGUUAUUAACAACAAUUUUCCCCUACUAAUUCAAGUCUUAAUCCCUCAGCCAGUUAAGUUUUGAGAAUUUAAAAUGAAGAUUUAGCAUCAGGGUAAAAGAGUAGGGUAGUUUUUGAAUGACUUCCCCAAUUAAGCAAUGUCUUUUUUUCAUGUGCCCUGUUUUCUAUACUGUACAAAUGUGAGGAGUAAGUUUCUAUUUCCUAAUUACAUAAUCCUGUGCAGUUUAGAAUUUUUUGGUGUGUGCAUUUAUACACAUAGGUUUGUUUAUAGAAACACAUAUGCACAAAUAUAAUUAUUUAAAUAUUAUGAUUUUUUACCAGGGGUGGGUCAUUGACUAAUGUCCUACUUUUAGAAGUUAUAUCAAGGGUAAUUGCUAUACAACUCAAUUCUGUCAAGCUGAUCAAGCCAAGGGCUUGAUAUAGAAUAACCAAAGAUAAUAAUUUAGUUUUAUAUUAUCAGAAAUUCAGUUCUAAGGACAUCUGUUAUAAAUAACAUGGCCCUUUGUAACAGGUUAAGAAAAUGUUAAUCCAUGUAUAUAGUUGGAUGAACCAAUGAUGCUUUUUUUUUUUAAGAAAUGCUUGGUGUUAUUGAAAUAGAUUGCUGUGAUUCUACAGGUUUUCCAGCAUUAAUUUGAUUAAUUUGAUACUUAUUUAUUUUUUCCUUUAAAAAAAAAACCAACCCUGUAACAUAUGGCAUUAGCUUUCUAGUAAUGUUUUUAGAUUACUAAUGCCAACUGGUGUUGCUGACAAAUGCAUCUAAUUAUGUUGAAAUAUCAUGUCAGUUUCUUAAGCAAAAAAUAUUUUUCCUUUCACAGUAUGUUUAAAUUCCUUCCUUUAUUAUAAAGUUUUACAUGUAAAUGUAAAGCUAGAUUUAACAAAACAAAGCCUUUAGGCUAUGUUAAUAUUUUAAAUACUCCAUGACACCCUGGUGAGAAUCUUUUAUAGGUCAUCUUUUCAUUCACUGUGAUUGGCUGUUCUUGUGCAUAUUGGCUCUAGUGACUUGUGGUUUUUUUUUCUCAGUAACUUUAAGAACAAAACUCUUUUGACACUUAAGAACACUAUUUUAAAAAUCUUUAUUGCCAGUUGGUGGCACUAUUAACCAGAAUUUCAAAAGAGGUAAAAAUGAAAAUUUCUCCAAAUAUAAAGAUUUUCGAACAAAAUGAUUAAAUGAUGGUUAUAAAUGUAUAGUAAAGAUGUAUUUUUAUUCCAGAAUGGAAAGUUUUUUAAAAAUGUGUAUGUCCAUUGUCUGUAGUGAAAUUUGUUUAUAUUUCUGAAUAUAUGCAUAGUCUCUUUGAUUUCACUAAAAUGUUAAUUUUGUAGAUAUGAUUCUGUAUAAAUGAAGUUUUUCAAGAAGUCAUCAUAAGUUCAUGCUGUAUAUAUUGUACUAUUAAAAAGAAAACAUCUGCUUC